AUGCCUGUAGAGUUGGAGUCAAAAAUAGAAAAGUUUCAAAAAGGAGAAGGCAAGGAUGAAGAAAAGUACAUUGAUGUGGUGAUUAAUAAGAACAUGAAGCUGGGACAGAAAGUGUUAAUUCCUGUAAAACAGUUCCCUAAGUUCAACUUUGUGGGGAAACUUCUGGGUCCACGUGGCAAUUCUCUGAAGCGUUUACAAGAAGAAACCUUGACAAAAAUGUCCAUCCUUGGAAAAGGUUCUAUGAGAGACAAGGCAAAGGAAGAAGAGUUGAGGAAAAGUGGAGAAGCAAAGUACUUCCACCUCAAUGAUGAUCUGCAUGUUCUCAUUGAAGUUUUUGCCCCGCCAGCAGAAGCAUAUGCCCGGAUGGGACAUGCUUUGGAAGAAAUUAAGAAGUUCCUCAUUCCUGACUAUAAUGAUGAAAUCAGGCAAGCGCAGCUCCAGGAAUUAACAUACUUGAAUGGUGGCUCAGAAAAUACAGAUGUACCAGUUGUUCGAGGGAAAUCCACCUUGCGUACAAGAGGUGUACCGACCCCAGCAAUAACCAGGGGAAGGGGAGGAGUCACAGCCCGGCCAGUUGGAGUUGGUGUGCCACGAGGGACGCCAGCUUCUAGGGGAGUCAUUUCCACUCGAGGGCCAGUGAGUCGGGGAAGAGGACUGCUCACUCCUAGAGCAAGAGGAGUGCCCCCAACUGGGUACAGACCUCCACCGCCACCCCCAACACAAGAGACUUAUGGAGAUUAUGACUAUGAUGAUGGAUAUGGCACUGCUUAUGAUGAACAGAGUUAUGAUUCCUAUGAUAACAGCUAUAGCACCCCAGCCCAAAGUGGUGCUGAUUACUAUGAUUAUGGACAUGGACUCAGUGAGGAGACCUACGAUUCCUACGGGCAAGAGGAGUGGACUAACUCAAGACACAAGGCACCUUCAGCCAGGACAGCGAAGGGCGUCUACAGAGACCAGCCAUAUGGCAGAUACUGAUUGUACUGUCUGAUGUUGUGAAAUAGCCCAUCUCCACCAGUCCUGUAUACUGUUCAAAGUAAUUUUUUUCUAUGAACAAUCCCUUUUUAAAUAAAAUGCUUAAAAUCUGAAUGGAUGGAACUUAAAACUACUUUGUUGAAACAUCAACCUGGGCAGAAAAAAAAAAAGACAUGUAAAAUUUUGUUAUUUCCAGUCUGUAUAUGAAAAAAUAGGUCAUCAAAAGGAAAAAAAAAUAACUUUGAUUAACUAGUGUUAAACAAAAAGAUAGGUUUACUAAAUAUGUUAAUCCAUCCUUUUAAUAUAAGCCUCACCUUUCAUUUUAAAGGUUUCCAUAGAAUUUAGUUAUUUUAUCUUUCAGCCAUAUGCUAGUUUUUUUUCUCUUGCCAACGUGCGUAAAAAGGGAAGCCAAUGACAAGUGCAAAUAAUGUGGUAUUCUUUUGUAACUCAAGUCUUGAAAUGUUCUGUAGUGUUAAGCAAAGUCUCCUCUUGCUUGAUACUAAAUAAACUUUUGAAAGAAA